GAUUUGAUCGUAUUGAUGCUGAGACAGUCACCAAAAUCAUCAAAUAUUUCCAGAGAGGAGAAGACCUAAGGCGAGUGAAUUCUGGAAAGAUCUUUCGUACUGCCCUCUCCCACUCGAGAACAAGCAAAGCUGUUGGAUAAACUGAUUGAAACUUCGUGACCAUCAGCUCAAAGAGCUCCAGAAAGCUGAAAUGAGAAACAGCAAGAAAGACCUUGAAAUCGCAGAGGAGAACAAGAAACUCAAAUCUGAGAUGGAUAGGCUUGCCAUAGCUGUCGACCAGAUCAUGAAAGAGAAGGGGAUCAACCUUGAUUAUACCCGAACCUCUCCAGCCAAAAUACACAAAUUUCAAGAUGAAGUGGAAUAUCUUGAAGAACUGCUUAAAGAGAAGGAUCAUACCAUUGCUCAGCUUGAGCAUGACCUCAAGAAUUUCAGAAGCGAAGGAGCUAACAAAGAGAAUAGAGUUGUCAAUGCAGAAGACAAUUUAUAUAAAAGAUCCAAACCUCAAGCCAAGAAUGAACAGAGAGUGCUCGAAGAUCGCAUGAUGGAGUUAUAGAUGCUAUAAUCCAUAGAAUCGAGUCCACUAUUUAUGCUUUUGAAACCAAACGAACUUUGCAUGAUGAGGACACCCAUCGCCAAUUUGAUACGAUAGAAUCAUCUUAUGGAACUUAUCCAGAUGCUUUGAAGAAUUUCUGUAAGCGACUUCAAACUUCUGAAAAGAGUCUCGACAAAAUCAUUUCUAUUUGCUUGACUAAAGAGAAGACUGAAAGUCCUUGCAACAAAACUUUAGAAAGAUCAUCUCCGAACAAAUCCUUUACCUGAACAGAUCUCGCUCUUGAAAGAGAGGCUGAGCAGUUCCUCUCAAGAGCACACCAGAAAUAUCAAGAUUUCUUUGACCAGCCAGAUGCUGAGAAAAAAGACUGUAUUUUCAAAGAGCUCUACAAUAUCAACCACCAGCUAGUGAAGCUUCUCCAAAAAUCAGAAGAUAGAGUUGAAGCAGAGGCUAGCAAAGCUCAGAGGAACAAGAGAGCCCUUGAUGAUGUCAUGAUAGCGAUUCAGCAAGAAGAUAGUAAGGAAGUGCUCCAAGAAAUUAGAAGCAUCAGUCAGACUCUUCUAGCUGAAAAUGACCAGCUGGUUAGAGAGGUUAUUGAACUCAGAAAUGAUCUGAGUAGGGCUAAGCAACAGGACCAAGAUACUGAUAAGUUGAGUUGAUAUAAAGAGCAAAUUGACUUGCUUGAGAAGAAGAAUCAACUUCUGACACAAAAACUAAAAAGUAUGGAGGGUGAUCUCCAGAAUGCACACAACAUCUUGCCUCUGCAAACUACUGCUACAGGCAUCAAACAAAGGUUCGAAGAAACCAAUGCUUCUCUUGAGCGGGCAUUCGAACGGAUCUGCAUCCUAGAAUCUGAGAACAACGAACUAAUGGACUCAGUAAAUUCUGCUAAAUCUGAAAAGGCCAAGCUCCAAACAGAAUUCGACUCUAGACUCCAAGUAUUCGAGAAAAUGCAGGAACAGAGGAGAAACCUGGAGCUUGAGAAGUCAAGCAUCCGUGAGACUCUCCGCACAAACAAGGAACAGAUGGAAGAUAUCAAGAACGAGAAGAAGGACAUCCAGAGGAGGAUGGACCAGCUCGCUCAGGAAAAGAAGAUUUCCAGUUAA